UAUUUCCUUAUAAUUAUACAACAAAAAGAACAAAGAUUUUCAUCUUGCAUAACAGUUGUGUAGCAAUGGCAGAAAAACAAGUCAUGAUAUUUUCUCUUGAUGAUAGUGACCAUAGUUACUAUGCCCUUGAAUGGACUCUUGAUCAUUUCUUCCCUUCUCCAUCAACUUCCAAUUUUAAACUCAUUAUUGUUCAUGCAAAACCUAAUCCAACUUCUGUUAUUGCACUUGCUGGACCAGGUACAACUGACAUGGUCACAUUGGUAGAAACAGACAUUAAAAAGGCUGCCCAGAAAACUAUUGACAAGUCUAAAGAGUUAUGCAAGACUAAAGGGGUGGCUAAUGUAGUAUGUGAAAUUCUUGAAGGUGAUGCUAGGAAUGUUAUUUGUGAGGCUGUUGAAAGACAUCAUGCCUCUAUCUUGGCCAUGGGAAGCCAUGGAUAUGGAGCUUUCAAAAGGGCUGUUUUGGGUAGUGUAAGUGACUACUGCUCUCACCAUGCUCAUUGCUCUGUGAUGAUUGUGAAGAAGCCAAAGCCAAAAAAUUAGACUAAUUCCUUUUUUCUCUCCAGGAGCUGAGUUUAUCGAUUUAGAUGGAAUCAAAUCUAGUAUUAGCUAGUACUAAAAUUAGUACUAGCUAUUUUUUUUGUUGUUGACAUUUUAUUUUCAGUAAAUGGUGUAUAAAAAAUUUUGCUUUCUUUGUAUUGUGCAAGUUAAUGACAAUAAUAUAGU